CAAGAAUAGUAGGAAAUGAGAAAGAAAAAUUAUUCCUUAUGAAUAGUAAUUUUUUUAAAAGAAUGUUAAAGAAUACAUUAUUCUUUGGUCACCGUUCAUACCCGUAGAAGCUAUAUCCUGUGAGCUUUUCCAUGUUCAGUCAUAUAUGCAACGUAAUAAUUAUUUAUUUAAAAUAAUUAUACUUUACUUUUCUUUUUUACUUUUGAUCAACAAAGAAAAUAUUUUUCUAAACAAUUGAAUUGUAUGAUUUGAGAAACAAGAAUUUUCCAAUUAAAUCCAAAAAGAAAAGACUUGUCCAACUAAACCCAAAUAAAGGAGAAAAUACUUUUCCAGUAUAAUAGGGCCCCCGGUCUACGUGGAAUAAAAAUGUGGUUGAUACAUAACGGAAGACUAAUUAACACAAGUUCCAAGUCAAGCUGUAUCAAAAGAUCCUAAACCAUGGCUAUAAAUUACAUGGCAUCAAAGCCCAUUCAUAUAUACAAAGGCAUUUUACCCUCAUCUCUUUUCUACUUUGCACAUUUUUUUCCAGUUAUGACGUUGCAUGUGCGUUUUAGCUCCAUCUCUUGUUUCUUUGCUUUGAGCUUCUUGGUUACUACUCUUGUUUCUCUACCUUCUCGUCGUCUUGACGAAGUCGAGAGCCUUCUAGCUUUCAAAAACGAGUUUACUCUCUCAUGCAACAAAUCAGUGACAAACUCUUGGACCCGUGACGCCAUCUUCUUUGAUGGGGUCUUGUUUGAUAAAGACACUGGUGGUGUCACGGAGCUAAAACUUCGUGGUGCGUGUCUCAGCGGCACUCUCGACGCUAACAGUAGCCUCUUCAAACUACACCAGCUCAGAUACCUGGAUCUCUCUCUCAACAACAUUUCCUCUUCACUACCCGCAGAGUUUGGGCGACUCACCGACUUAGAGUUCUUGGAUCUUCACCAAAACCGCUUCACCGGAGAGCUUCCUUCCUCAAUCAGCAACACCACUGUUUUAACCAAACUUCAUUUUCUAGAUAUUUCUAACAAUAGUCUACAAGGAAAAGUGCCCGAAUGGGUAUGGAGUCUUCCUUCUUUGACCGCUACUAAUCUCUCUCGCAACUCCUUUGAUAGUUUCCCUAACGUUCCACCAACCGUGACGUACUUGGCCGCAUCAAACAACAAUUUCACAGGAGAGAUACCUCUUUCGUUGUGCAAUCCAAAGAACCUAUUAUUCCUUGAUCUCUCGAACAACAGUUUAACUGGUUCGGUUCCAAGAUGCUUGAGUGAAUCAGUGACAGUGUUGAAUCUCCGUCGCAACAGCCUUACAAGCCUUCCCGACGCAUUCUCCAACAGCUCACUAAAGGUGCUUGACGUCGGCCACAAUCAAAUAAAUGGGAAGCUUCCAAGAUCUCUUGAACAUUGCAAAAGCCUAGAGUUUGUAGAUGUGGAGGGAAAUCGAAUCAAUGACACGUUUCCUUUCUGGUUGAAGGAUUUGCCGAAUCUGAUAGCGCUUAUCCUACGAUCAAACAGAUUCUACGGUCCUCUAUCUUCUCCUCAGCAUCCUCUACCAUUUUCAAAACUGAUGAUCAUUGACAUAGCGGGUAACAUGUUUGACGGCAGCCUUCCACCAAACUACUUUGUGAACUGGAGUGCAGCCAUUAGACCGCGAGUGAAACACAUCGGAGAUUCUUACUCUCUUGUUGAUUUCUCCGGAAACAGAUUUGUAGGAGAGAUUCCAGAAUCCAUUGGUAUGUUGAAGUCGCUGCUUGCCCUCAACUUAUCCAACAACGGUUUCACAGGUCAUAUUCCAUCUUCUAUGGACAAUCUCUCAAAUCUCGAGUCACUGGAUAUAUCUAGAAACCAGCUUUCUGGUACAAUUCCGCAGGAGUUAGGGAAGCUCUCCUUCUUGUCGUAUAUUAACAUGUCAUACAACAAUCUCACUGGCCAAAUACCACAGGGUACUCAGUUUCAAACGCAAAAUGAGUCUGCAUUUGAAGGGAAUAUCGAUCUAUGUGGCUUUCCUCUUCGAAAGAGAUGCUUCAGGGAAAAUGUAUCAGCAACAACAACACAUACACAAUCAUCCCAUGCUUCGAAAACUAUGCAUAGUCUCAAUUCCAAUAACCCCUUGCUGCUAUUCUCGAUCCUUGUAGUCUUUAAUUUUGUUCUCUCUUUCUAUAUUCCACUUUCAACAAGUUUGUAGCAACUUUUGAGUUCAGACUCUUUGUAAGACUGUGUUUACUUUAAAUAAUCAAAACUAAUCAUUUUAUUCAUCAAA